AUGAGAGCUAACAGAAAAUCACUCAUCCUGCUCGCGUGGGCAGCUGCAUUUGCUACUUGCGUAAGCGGGUCGUCAAAGAAGUAUGAACCUGCAGAUAUCGUCCGAUCCAUCAUCCAGCGCGCUACAGCCGACUCGAUCAACCUCAACGCCAUCCCAGGCUUGAACACACCUUCUACGCUGGAAGAUAUCGCUUCUACAUACACUGAUGCAAAGCUCUCUGCGCAUAGUGUAUCCAAUGUCACUGGACUUAUCGACGUUCACGCGCAUUGCGUACCAGACUGGUAUCGCAUGAUUGUACCUAAAACUGGCGGGAACCCAACGCCGGCAUGGAAUGUGACUGGGCAUCUCGACUUCAUGAGCAGCCAAGGCAUCUCUCGCGCAGUGCUGGCCUUUUCCUCGCCUGGUGCCAAUGUCCAUCAAGGAAAUCAGGCUGCAACGAUUGCGCUUGCGCGACUGAUCAACGAGCAGUCUGCAGCGUUUGUGCGGGCCUACCCGGACAGAUUCGCAUUCUACGCCGUUGUCCCGCUACCGUACACUGCAAAUGCAAUCGCCGAGGCUACUUAUGCGCUCGAUACAUUAGGGGCUGCUGGUAUCGCGCUCUAUUCAAACUUUGAGGGGCGUUAUCUCGGCGACCCUGCCUUCAAGCCCUUCUUCGAGGCAAUGAACGCGCGCGGUGGCAACCAAAUCAUCUACGUGCAUCCCACAACACCCUACAUACGCGUAAACGGCUCACUGGUCGAGGCCAAUCCAACCAUAUACCCAACUGGAAACAUUGAAUUCUACUUCGAGACAGCACGCAUGCUGGAGGAUCUUGCCAUCACGCAAACAACCCUCAACUUCACCAACAUCAACUACAUCAUUCCGCAUGUUGGAGGUGCAUUUCCCUCGAUCUCCGAUCGACUCUUGAAGUCCUUCCCCGCAAUUUAUGACCAGACCAUGGCUGUGCUGCAGACACGUUUCUUUUGGGAUUCUGCCGGACCUACGUACUUCCAUCAGAUUGGAGGGCUUCUGGCUUAUGGUAUUCCUACGACCAGUCUCUUCUUUGGAACUGAUUUCCCGUAUGCGCCCAUCUUCACGUAUGGCCCAUCGCUGCUGGGUAUCCAGACAUCGCCCUUUGUAAAUGAUGCUGAGAAGCCUGGAAUAUUCUCUCAAAAUGCGCGACGCCUCUUUGGUAACCGCAUUCCCCUGUAGAGAGUUUGGUGUCAAGAUGUAAAC